AUGUUUCAACUUGAAGUGCUUCUUCCGUAUAUUCUCUUGUUAAUCUUUCCCGUAGUACUCUUCUUCUUAACAAAACCAACCAACAAGAACAUCAGCAUCCCAAAAUCAUAUCCACUCAUCGGCUCUUACUUAUCUUACAGAAACAACUUACACCGCCGCAUCCAGUGGCUCUCCGAUAUCAUCCAAAUCUCCCCCUCCGCCACUUUCCAACUCGACGGCGCCUUAGGUAAACGCCAAAUCAUCACCGGAAACCCAUCCACAGUCCAACACAUUCUCAAAAACCAAUUUUCCAAUUACCAAAAAGGCACAUCCUUCACAACAACCCUCUCCGAUUUCUUAGGAACCGGAAUCUUCAACACAGACGGCCAAAACUGGAAGUUCCAAAGACAGGUAGCAAGCCACGAAUUCAACACCAAAUCAAUCCGUAACUUCGUGGAACACAUAGUCGACACAGAACUCACCAGCCGUUUAAUCCCAAUCCUAUAUUUAUCAACCCAAACAAACCAAAUCCUCGACUUCCAAGAUAUUCUCCAACGUUUCACUUUCGACAACAUCUGCAAAAUCGCGUUCGGUUUCGAUCCAGAGUAUCUAACUCCGUCAACUAACAGAACAAGAUUCGCACUAGCUUACGAAGACGCAAUGGAAAUAAGCUGCAAACGUUUCCGUUUACCAUUACCAAUCAUAUGGAAAAUAAAAAGAUACUUCAACAUAGGUUCGGAGAAGCGUCUCAAGGAAGCAGUAACAGAAGUACGGGAAUUCGCGAAAAAUAUAGUACGAGAAAAAAAACGAGAGUUGGAAGAAACAUCAUCGCUUCAAACAGAAGACAUGUUAUCACGUUUUUUAAGUUCUGGUCAUUCAGAAGAAGAGUUUGUUACGGAUAUGGUAAUAAGUUUUAUUUUAGCAGGGAAAGAUACAACUUCAGGUGCAUUAACAUGGUUUUUCUGGCUACUAUGGAAGAAUCCACGUGUUGAGGAAGAGAUUGUGAAGGAAGUGAGUAAAAAAUCCGAGUCGUUGGUUUAUGAUGAAGUGAAGGAAAUGGUUUAUACGCAUGCAGCGUUGAGUGAGAGUAUGAGAUUGUAUCCACCCGUGCCGAUGGAUACUAAGGAAGCUGUGAAAGACGAUGUUUUACCGGAUGGGAGGUUUGUGAAGAAAGGGACGAUAGUGACUUAUCAUGUUUAUGCGAUGGGGAGGAUGAAGAGUUUGUGGGGGGAUGAUUGGGCUGAGUUUAGGCCGGAGAGGUGGUUAGAGAGAGAUGUGGUGAAUGGGAAAUGGGUUUUUGUGGGGAGAGAUUUAUAUUCUUAUCCGGUUUUCCAGGCUGGGCCUAGGGUUUGUUUGGGGAAGGAAAUGGCUUUUAUGCAAAUGAAGAGGAUUGUUGCUGGGAUUGUUGGGAAGUUUAAGGUGGUUCCUGAGGGGAAUAAGGAUGAACAUCCUGGUUUUAUUUCUUUUUUGACUUCGCAGAUGGAAGGUGGGUUUCCUGUCACCAUUCAAAAGAAGUUUCCUUGA